GCGAAAGGAGGACGGAAGACAACAAGGGGAACAGCACAGCAAACAAUUGUGCCACGAGAGCGACUAAUUUGUGUGACAAUAGGGGACACAUCGCGGAACAUCAAUCAGCCGCGGAACCAGACAGCGACACGCAGGUGGUCGGGCGCAUAAACAAAACGAAGCAAUUAAAGCGCAUCGCCGGUCUCAUCCGGAUUGCCAAAGAGGCCGGUGUGCCAAAAGGAGGGGUAAGAACGAGCUGGGCCUAGCGCAGAAGACAUGAACGAUUUCACUUUUUCGGCGUUCUCCAACUGUGAACACCACGGGACGCAUAAAAUAACCUAUUUGUGGAACUCGUUUUCAUCUCAGCACCCGCUGGAGCCGCCACGGCAAGAUGACGCUGUAAAGCAGUAAGCUGCGUGUUCUGUGUGGCGCACAUCCACCCGGAGUAUUAUCAGCUGCCAAUAGGAAACGUUGUCGAUAUAACUAACGCAGUGUAACGCAGUAGUUAGCACAGUCGUAGUUAGCACAGCAACACCGUGCGAUACUCCACGUCAUCGAACUCACUGAUUAGAGGCCCGGGUUACGGCACGACAGCGGGAUAACCGCACACUGAUUACAACAUCCCGCAGGCGUUGGAUGUUCGCCGUUGAACCGUUCGGUGGGCGGUUCGUGAAGUCUUUACUGCGGUCCGUUGCUUCAUCACAAUCCGAAGAGGAUGGUCAUCCGACAGCUGAUGGGGUUAAACCCGUGGGCCCGCGUACUCGUGCCGUUCGUCUUCAUCUGGGCCGUUUUGGUGCUGAUAUUCUACUCCAAGCUAAACACCUCCGCGUCGGGCAGCGCCUCCAGUGAUGCGGAUACGGCCCUGAAACGGCUCGAGCAGGCACUCCAGCAGCUGGAACAAUCGAAGCACAUCGAUCACGAGCUGCGCGCAAUGGUGGACGAGUAUUUGGCCGAAGUGGGAGCUUCGGCGGAUCGGAAGCAACGCUUUUUCGACGAAGUUGGCAAUAAGCUUGAGCUUGAGAAUGAUGAAUCGGCACUAGGUUCGGUCGGUGGAAGCCACGUGCGCCCGCGGACAUCACCUUCGCUGGAGUACGAGAGGCUCAGGAGACGCGUCCAAACCAACACACAGGAACUGUGGAACUUUCUCCAAUCGGAAGUAACAAAAGUGCAGAAGCAAGCCCAGCGGUCGGCGCCGGAGCUGGUGAAGCCGUUGGCAAGCUUCCUUUCGCUGGCGGCCGAAAACAAACGCUCGAUGCUGGUCGACCUCGAGCGGGCACGAGAAACCGAUGGAUACGAAGCGUGGCGCCACCGUGAGGCGGCCGAACUGAGCGAGCUGGUGCAGAAGCGGCUGACGCGGUUGCAAAAUCCGGACAGUUGCUCCACCGCCCGGAAACUUAUUUGCCGGCUGAACAAAGGUUGCGGAUAUGGGUGCCAGUUGCACCAUGUCGUAUACUGCUUCAUCAUGGCCUACGCGACCGAGCGUACGCUGAUUCUGAAAUCGAAAGGCUGGCGGUAUCAUAAGGCCGGCUGGGAGGAAGUGUUUCAACCGAUCUCCGACACGUGUCUCGAUUCGAACGGUGCCUCGCAUGCCAGUUGGCCGGGACAGUCAAAUACGCAGGUGCUAACCCUGCCGAUAAUCGAUUCACUCAACCCGCGGCCCCCGUACCUGCCGUUGGCAAUCCCUGCCGACCUGGCGCCGCGGCUGAUAAAACUACACGGUGAUCCGAUCGUUUGGUGGAUUGGCCAGUUUCUCAAGUACCUGCUAAAGCCCACGGGCGAUACGCAGCAGAUGCUUGAGAAUGGCAUGGAGCGGUUGGGCUUCAAAAAACCGAUCGUUGGUGUGCACGUGAGGCGAACGGACAAAGUAGGCACGGAAGCUGCAUUCCACAGCAUCGAAGAGUACAUGACAGCCGUCGACGACUACUACGAUCAGCUAGCGCUGACUUCGAAAAAAGUAGACAAGCGACGCGUCUUCGUAGCAAGCGACGAUCCGAAGGUUAUCGAGGAAACGAAAAAUAAGUAUCCUCACUACGAAGUGAUUGGUGACCCGAAUGUGGCGAAAAUGGCGGCAGUCUCGACACGUUACACCGAUUCGUCGUUGAACGGCAUCAUCCUCGAUAUCCAUCUGUUAUCGCUAAGCGAUCAUCUCGUGUGCACCUUCAGUUCGCAGGUAUGCCGCGUGGCGUACGAAAUCAUGCAAACGAUGUACCCGGACGCGUCGGGGCGGUUCCGCUCGCUGGACGACAUCUACUACUACGGUGGACAGAACUCGCACAAUCGCGAAGUGGUACUGCCGCACGAUCCUCGCAACCAUGACGAAAUCCAAGUCCGGCCCGGUGACCUUGUCGGUGUGGCCGGCAACCACUGGAACGGGUUCUCCAAAGGUAAGAACAUCCGCACCAAUCAGGUCGGCCUAUUUCCGUCUUUUAAGGUGAACGAUAAAAUCGAAGUCGUCGAACUACCAACGUAUCCGUACGUGAAAUAGUUACUAUUACCACAGUCAGCGACAGAAAUGACAAUGCGGUAGGAAGAAUGCUUCCUGACCUUAGGAAUGCGAAAUGCCCGAGGAAAUGGGGUUGCCCAUGAGAGUGUGUGUGUUGUGUGAGCAUGCGUUAAAACGGUAUAAGCGGGUUUUCCGGAGUGCACGGCGAGCAAAACAAAAAAUCUGUCCAGCGUCAGAGCCAUCGCUGCUUUUUUUUUGUUGUGUGAUACUUGAGACUAUUGAAUUUGUAGGACAAUUAUUUGUUUUCCUGUAUACUAUUUUAUUUCUGUUUUGACGCUCGAUAUUGGCAAAUGUGUUGAGCAAAUGAGCCGAGAGUGCGGCAAACUAGCGAAGGCUGCAGGAAGUGAUAGAAAUAAGCAAGAAAAUAAUGAACAAACAAAACUGACGAACAAAAGUACGGGCAUUCGAUGUUAUCAUAUUACAUUACACCUUCGCUGCGCAUUUGACGCCUGAAAUAGGAUAAAUGAUAGCCAAAAUCUGCUUAUUAACAAAAGAACAAAUUUAAGUGAAGCCGUAAAUAGUUAACGAUGGACAGUUUUUGGAAAACCAUACAGCAUAAAUAAGAAAAAUUAGCUCAGACAACGGAUGUGAACCUCGAAUAUUGUAGCCAAACGAACAAAGUUAGUCAGUGGCGUCAAGCUCGAAUCCCCAGAAGUGCGUGCGAAGGCACUUUGGCCGAAUGCUAUUCUUGUUAGAUGCGCGAGAACAUCACCUGAUUUGAUAUAGAUCCGCCGAACAAUUUUUUGAUUGACGAAGAACAACAACCAAAACCAUUGUAGAACGGUAAAAUGUAUGUAGAAACGUAAUUCCCUAAGAGCCGUAAGCCAACAACAUUCAUACCGUGAACACCGAUCGAACGUUUGAUAA